CCCAGAUGCAAGCAAUUCGUUCCCUUCCCUGAUGCCAAAAGCCUAAAACCUCUGAAGCAGAAGUGCAGAACCAAAACCCUAGUAAGUUUCCUUUCUAAGUUCCAAUUUCAUUUAACCCAAAUCAAAAUUCCAAUCUUUUCCUUGGUGAACGAAGGAAGCAAUGGUUAAAAACUCAAGAUUUAUUCGUCCAAACAAUAGUGGUGAUGAAUCAAGUCCUAAUUUGUAUGUAGCCAACUGUGGACCAACUGUUGGUAUCUCUUAUGAAGAAAUUGAAUUAGUGUUUAGUAAAUUUGGUGAACUCCAAGGUGUUUAUCCUGCAGAUGAAACUGGUGCCCGAGUUGUUGUUUCUUACUUCGAUGUAAAAUCUUCUCAAGCUGCUUUUACUGCGUUUAGUGGAAACCCUUGUCUUGAAUUUGGUGGUCGCCUUCUUCAUAUUCGUUAUUCCAUUCUUCAACCUAUUCCUCAGAUUAAAGAUUCUGUACCAGUUGCAUUGGAGGCUUCAGAAUUGCAAAUUCCAGGCCUGUAUUUAGUUCAUGACUUUGUUACUGCUAAAGAGGAAGAGGAGCUCCUCGCAGCAGUGGAUGGUAGACCUUGGAAAGGUCUUGCAAAAAGAAGGGUUCAACAUUAUGGCUACGAGUUUAAGUAUGAAACAAGAAAUGUGAAUACAAACCAGAACCUGGGUGAACUUCCACCAUUUAUGUCUACUGUACUUCAAAAGAUCUCGUCUUUUCCUUACCUCGGUGCGGGAGAUGAUAUCCUAGACCAGCUAACUGUUAAUGAGUACCCACCUGGGGUGGGAUUGUCCCCACAUAUAGACACUCAUUCAGCAUUUGAAGGAUUAAUCUUCAGCCUUUCAUUAGCAGGACCUUGUAUUAUGGAAUUUCGGAGAUAUCCGCAAGGCUCUUGGCGUCCUCCAUCUGGCUCCAGAGUAGAAGAUAAGGAAGUAUAUGAUAAUUGCUCAACUUUCUUACGGAGAUUGCUUUUCCUCCCUCCUCGGUCUAUGCUUCUGUUGUCUGGUGAGGCACGGUAUGCCUGGCAUCACUAUAUACCACAUCAUAAGGUUGAUAUAGUUAAAGGAGAAACAGUAAGAAGAGGUGAAAGGAGGGUUUCCUUCACAUUUCGUAAGGUCAGAAAUGGACCUUGCUGCUGUGAAUAUGAGCAAUACUGUGAUUCUCAGAGAUCUGACAAGGUGGAUAAUUGAGCUUGGGAACUGAUAUUCACAUCAGAUGUGGUGGAAAUCUAAACCGAGUUCUGUACAUGCUGUGUGAUUUCACUCUAGCAGUUAACGCUAAGAUUGGAAGCUGAACCCUAGGAAUCCCUGCAGCUAAUUUUGUAGCAGCCUAUAGGCUGAACGAUGUGGUUUUAAAUUGGUACAAGGACUUAUAUCACUUGGAAACUACUUGGGGAUUACAUUAUUGUUGAUGUUAAUGGACCAAAGCUUUUCCAUUCCUCGUUAAUGGAGGUAAAAUAUAAUGAACUGCAGGGUAUAGUUGCAGCAACCAGCAAGUACAUGGUUUACUUUAGAGUGAUCAGUUUUGAACGAAAUGUUUACCAAAAAGAAAUGAGAAAACAAUGCCGGGUUGACUUC